GUCUUAGUUAUGGAGUAUAAAAGAAAUGGUUUUGCAAUUCGCUAAUCACUUCGCUUUUACAUCUUAGUAAUAGCACUUGUUUCAUAUUUUGGAAUAAUGUUUUUCCAACAAGUGACAGUUGUUGUACUCCUCGUCCUCAAAACGACUCUUGCCAGCUUCGACGAGCACGGCCUCGGCGAUUUUGGAGAAAGUCACGGAUGGGGUGCCCCAGCCGAGCCUUCAGUCGAACACAAAUAUGAUUACACCCCAACUAACACGAUAGAACACACCAAACCAGUCCAUAUCCCAGUGGUCAAGAAAACGGGAGUACCUCAACCGCACCCAGUGGGUGUACCCGUGCCGCAAGUUGUCAAAGUACCUGUACCACAGCCUUAUCCUGUACAGGUGUCGGUACCAACACCUGUAGCAGUACCCAUCUAUAAGUUGGUACCGCAGGAAAUAGAGAAGAAGAUUCCAAUUCAUGUAAACAAGCUAGUACCGGUAUACAUCAAGAAACCUUACACCGUUGUUCUAGAAAAACACUAUCCUGUAUACAUCGAUAAGCCUUAUCCAGUCCAUGUUCCUGUAUACAAGCAUUUUUAUCAGGAAACGAAGAAGAGCCAUAGUGGAUUUGACAAACAUCACCACUGAGAAAAAUUGUACUGGUUUUAAAUUAUUAUUGUGAUAGUUGUUGUUGUUGUUGUUGUUUUUGUUAUAAUGUUGUUUUUUGUUAUGUUUUAUAUUUUUUAUGUUGUUUUGUUAAUAAAAAGUUAAAAAUA